CCGAUAGUCACGAUUGUUAUCUCGCAGAGAGUGGACGCAUUUGGUUGAGCGACCACAUAUCUGUAAACAGGGCGAAAAGGUAAUAGUGAGCUAUACACACAUCUAUAGUACAUCUGUUGAUUACGACCUGAACACAGAAUGGUAGCAAUAAAGUUGCUUCGGCUGAUUGUGCUGAUCACAAUGGUAGCAUACGGUUAUGGUGCACCAUUAACUACCGAUGGGUUGUCUCUCAAUAUCCGAUCCGAAUAUCCGAAUGUUUCCGAUCCCUUCGCCAACACAGCGUACAAUGCCACCCAGGAAGCCGCACAGUUACCAGUUCCUCAGGUGAUUGAAAAGUAUGGAAGCACCCUCAUGAAUGUGUUUGACCAUUUUCAACGCUGGCUGGAAAAACCGUUGCAAAGAAUGAUUAAAAUCAAUCAGCUCACCGACAUCUCACCGGACAUGCUAAAGAAAGGAAGCAAGCAUCUAAAGCAGACGGUUAAAAAUAGCUCGUACGAUCUGGCUACAUUGCUGGAGAUAAUCCCACUCACCCAAGAGCCGAUCGUGGUCGAAACGACUGAAAUUCUGUCUAGUCCAAUCACCUUCACAGUCACUCAACGUACAACGUACAACGAACAAGUAAACGAGCAGGUGAACAGCGCUGCAUUGUAUUACUUUUCUUGGUGGCUCAUCACAUUACCGAUUGUAGUAGCGUCGUGGAUUUAAUGUUUAAAACGGUCUCCAUGUGCUUGUGCACAGAGACGGAGGACAUGGCGAGGAUACAUUCAUCGACGGUUAGAAAAAGCAAACAAAAGGAGCAACAUAUAAUCACACCGAUAGAGCAACAUCGUUUGUAGAUGAAGAUCACACCGAUAAUCAUAAUUCCUGAGAAGAAGAGAGAGAGAGAGAGAAAGAGAGAGAGAGAUAGAUAGAGAGAGAGAGAGAGAGAGAGAGAGAGGGAGAAUUAGAGAGACAGAAGGUGAAAAAGCUAGUGUAUACGAGAGAGAAAGCAUGGUAGUGAUUGAGUAAGAGAAGAAAGAGAAAAAGUAUUUUUGAAGACAUAAUAUUAAGACUUAAAUCGUGUUGUUCACAAAUACUGGUUUUUGCUCCAGUUAGUAGCCAACGGAAGCUAGAAGGAACAGUGAAAGGAGGGAACACUACAUCAUAACCAUAUUUAGAGACUAAAAAAGCGUUAGAGUUAUUUAGUUUUAUUUGUAUGUCUUUCCCAAAAAAGCCAUGCAUUUCCAAAUCAACGAAAAAAACAUUGAUUUCCUUUUCAUUAUAUGUUCUUUUCACACUAUUUUCUAAAUUAAUUUAUCUCAUCGCGUAGUUUUGAUUUUUUACGUUCAACAUGAUUUUCGUCAUUUAUCGUUGAAGCGCAAAAAUAUCUCUCUAUUUAUUUAUCUAUUUAUCUACACUCUAAACGAAAACAUCUUGAAAAACAUUCCGUAAAAUUAUAAUUGGAGCGCAAAAGUUGAGUGAUCGUGAUGAGGAAAAUUGAUGUUCUUUAAGAUCAUCUUAUAGCGAGGUACCGGAUGCUCUAACUACACAUUUAUUUGUUUAUUAAUUCUCUUAGACCAGCUGUUAUCGAAUAAAUUUGUUUGCUGCUUA